GCAAUCUUGUAGGGGAGUUCUGCCUGUGCGAGAGAGGACACAGUCGGAUUUUCAUCCACGUUAGGCGACAGUUGGUAAAAAGAUUCAAAGAAGAGGCACGGAAGAGGUAACAUUAAGUGUCGGGAGUACCAGUCAACAUGUCUUCCCAGUCAUCCUACAGGAAAAUGUUCGGCGGGGAGAGACCUACCGCCAGGUCCAGCUACUCAAGUCGACAGUUCUCAGCCCCCGUGCUGCGCUCUCGGGUGUCUUUUGGCGUCUCCUCUGCCCCGACCGUCUACGCCACCAAAACUUCGCGGGCCCGCACUAGCGCAUCUAUGCCCCGACUAGCCUCAGAAAACUUGGAUUUUUCACUGUCAGACGCCAUCAACACAGAAUUCAAGACCAACCGGACCAACGAGAAGGCACAAAUGCAGCACCUGAACGACCGCUUCGCCAGUUACAUUGAAAAAGUGCGAUAUCUCGAGCAACAGAACAAGAUACUGAGCGGGGAACUGGAACAGCUGCGGGGGAAAGGCACCUCUCGCAUAGGCGACCUGUACGAAGAGGAGAUGCGCGAACUGCGACGCCAAGUUGACCAGCUGACCACUGAGAAAGCCCGAGUGGAAGUCAAUCGUGACAAUAUGGUAGAAGACAUCGAACGCCUGAAAGCAAAGCUCCAUGAUGAGAUUCUCCAGCGCGAGGAGGCAGAGAAUAACAUGCAGAGUUACAGACAGGAUGUGGAUAAUGCUGCCCUGUCUCGGUUGGACCUAGAGCGUAAGGUGGAGUCGCUGCAGGAAGAGAUUUCCUUCUUGAAGAAGCUCCAUGAUGAAGAGAUGGCAGAGCUGCAGCUCCAGAUCCAGGAGCAGAAUGUCCAGGUGGAGAUGGACGUGGCCAAGCCCGACCUCACAGCUGCCCUCCGAGACGUGCGUCUGCAGUACGAGAACCUGGCCUCCAAGAACAUCCAUGAGUCUGAGGAGUGGUACAAGUCAAAGUUUGCUGACCUGACUGAGGCUGCAGCCAGGAAUAGCGAGGCCUUGCGUGUGGCCAAGCAGGAGUCUAAUGACUACCGUCGUCAGGUGCAGGCCCUUACCUGUGAGGUGGAUUCCCUUAAAGGCUCUAACGAGUCUCUGGAGCGGCAGAUGAGAGAGAUGGAGGAGAACUUCUCCAUGGAGGUGUCCGGUAGCCAGGAAACCAUCGCCCGCAUGGAGGAGGACAUCCGCAACAUGAAGGACGAGAUGGCGCGCCACCUGCGGGAUUACCAGGACCUGCUCAAUGUCAAGAUGGCACUGGACAUCGAGAUCGCCACCUACAGGAAGCUGCUGGAGGGAGAGGAGAGCAGCUUCACCAUUGUGGCUAAUGAGGACGCCGAUGGCAACAGCCGACCGCUGGACCGAUUUGCCCGCUCCAAGUCCCAGAGUGCUUUGUGGAACGCCAUCACUGCAGGGAUCGGAAUCAAGGACAAGGGCAGUGGGUCGGGGGUUGUCCCUGACGACCCACAGACACUGGAGGAGAUCUUGGGUGGCGAGCUCCCUGAUGGUCCAGACGUCACAGAGAAGACAGCCAUCAGAUUACGGUGCCUGGUGAAACAGUUGGAGAGGGGAGAGGCAUCCCUGGUUGACCUCAAGAAGAAUCUUGAAUAUGCAGCAUCUGUGCUUGAGUCUGUGUACAUUGAAGAAACAAGGAGACUGGUGGACACCGAGGAUGAGCUCAGCGACAUCCAGUCUGACUCUGUGCCCUCGGAGGUGCGUGAUUGGUUGGCGUCCACCUUUACGCGUCAGAUGGGGCUCAUGCUGCGGCGCACGGAGGAGAAGCCGCGCUUCAGGAGCAUCGUCCACGCCGUGCAGGCCGGCAUCUUUGUGGAGAGGAUGUACCGGCGCACCUCCAACAUGGUGGGGCUCAGCUACCCGCCGUCUGUCAUAGGUGUGCUUAAGAAUGUUGACAGGUGGUCAUUUGAUGUGUUUGCUCUGAAUGAGGCCAGUACUGAACAUGCCCUCAAGUUCAUCUUCUAUGAGCUCCUCACCAGAUACGACCUCAUUAACCGCUUCAAGAUCCCCAUAUCGGCACUGGUGUCGUUUGUGGAGGCACUGGAGGUGGGCUACAGCAAACACAAGAACCCAUACCACAACCUCGUCCACGCCGCGGACGUCACGCAGACCGUCCACUACCUGCUGCUCAAGACUGGCAUGGUGCACUGGCUGACAGAGUUGGAGAUUUUUGCCAUGCUGUUUGCUGCUGCUAUCCAUGACUACGAGCACACAGGAACCACAAACAACUUCCACAUCCAGACAAGGUCAGACACGGCCAUCCUGUACAAUGACCGCGCGGUGUUGGAGAGUCAUCAUGUCAGCGCUGCAUAUCGCCUCCUGCAGGAUGAUGAUGAGAUGAACAUCCUGUACAACCUGUCCAAGGAUGACUGGAGAGAGUUGAGGGCUCUGGUGGUGGAGAUGGUGUUGGCCACAGAUAUGUCCUGCCACUUCCAGCAGGUCAAGACCAUGAAGAACUUCUUGCAACAACCAGAGAGCAUUGACAAGUCCAAGGCAAUCUCUCUCCUCCUUCAUACGGCUGACAUCAGUCACCCUGCUAAGAACUGGGAUCUGCACCAUCGCUGGACCACCUCCUUAUUGGAGGAGUUCUUCAGACAGGGCGAUAAAGAGGCGGACCUGGGUCUGCCCUUCUCACCGCUGUGUGACCGCAAGUCAACCAUGGUCGCCCAGUCCCAGAUCGGGUUCAUUGACUUCAUCGUGGUGCCGACCUUCACUGUUCUAACGGACAUGACGGAGAAGAUCGUCACACCGCUCAUCGAAGAAGCGGCACACUCCAGCCUCGCUGGCUUCAGACGCUCCAGUCUGAAUAGUAUUACCUCUGUGGAUGCCAAGCACAGCAGCAUCAACAGCACGGGCUCUGACAGCAGCUCGUCCCACCACGGGCCCCUCCUGGCCGUCGACCCCAAGAACUUCAAGGCCAUCUGGAAUGAGGAGGUGUCCCAGAACAGGGAGCGCUGGAAGGCCCAGGCUGCCAAAGAGACAGAGGAAAAGGCCCGCCGUGAGGCAGAGGACCAAGCCCAGCAGGAGGCCCCUGCGGGAAGUCAAGAGGGACAAACUGAACUAGAGCAGCCAGAACCAAAGAAGGAGGAGGGCGAGGAGAGGGACGGGCUUGAGUCAGUGGGCACUGAGAGCCCAUUGGAUGAGAGCCCUGUCAGCCAUCCUGGAGAGGGUGGCAACACUUGUUACAAUGGAGAGGUGUCAGAGGAAGCCAAAUCCCCAGGCAGUGAUGACAGCAUGAAACAAGAUGCUGAAUGAUGUGGAGAGUGGUUGGAGACAGUGGACGAGGCCUCCAUGCUGCUGUCCCAAACCGCACUGCUGCAGAGGAAACAAAGGAGCGGACUCCUCGUCUGAAGCUCUAGUGUGCCCCCUGGUGGAUAAUGCUGACAUGUGUAUGUUCAAGUCAAUGUUUUUGUUUUCAUGUCCAGUGGUACAUCACUUGCUUUUUCACUUGCUUCUACUGGUGGCUAAGCCCAUGUGAUGCCUUCAUGUCCAUAGGCUCUGGCUUUGUGUCCUGUAUAUAAUGUAAAUAUACAUAGUUCUGUUUUUGUCUGUGUUUCUUUCUUGAGAGAGAAAGAAGGCGGAUUCAGGCUUCUGGGCUCAUCUUCCCUUUGAUCUUGCCUUCAAUUUCGUGGCCUUUUCAUGUUUUUUUUUUUUGUUUGGUUGUUUUUUUUUCUUUGUUUUAUUUAUGUGGAAUUGAAUAUAAGACAGUUUAUGUGCCUGCAUGUGAGUUCAUGGGUGCCUGUGUGUGUGAGUGUGUGUGUGUGUGUGUGUGUGUGUGUGUGUGUUUACGUUUUGGUGUGCAUGUUCGUUUGUCUUGUACUUUCUUUCUUUCUUUGUCAGUGCACCUGUGCAUACAAACAUCAUAUCAAAUAUCUUCCUCUGUUGUCUUUCUGCCUUCUGCCUCUUUUUAUUUUAUAUAUUUGUGUAUUUCUUUGUUUAUACUGUACUUAUCCUGAUUCAAGCCACCUGAUUGCUUAUUUGCCAUUUGCUACCUGAAGCAUAUAGCUCCUCAUUGACAGAAGGAUUCUCAGUGUGAGUUCACAAUGGCAGAAGCAUGCCGAUAUAGUGACAAUUAUGUGUCCAUAUCCCCUCAGAAUACACAAAACUGAGUAGACAGAAAAUCGAAGUUUAUAGAAUCAUUUCCAUUCCUUGGUUAUAUUCUCUAAUUUUAGUCACAGAUGGAAUUUCACUAUUUCCAGUCCAGUAGCAAAUACUACAGAACCAUUGUUGAUUGUUUGUUGGUUACUGAUCUAAACGUCAUCUGUGAUUUGAAGCUCCUUCGUGUUCAUUUGUUGUGUUGGUAUUUAUUGUGACUCAUGAUAAAUAUGUUUUAUGGGUGACAGCAGUCUCUUAGAUAUCAGAGGUGAAAGAUUAUUAUCAGUGCUGUUAUUGGUUUAGUUGUACUUUUUAUCGCCACUGUACAGAGUGCACAGACUGCAUUCUAAUGAUAUCCUUUUUCCCAGUUGCACAUGCCAGUGAAGUAUGUUAUUUAUUUACAUUUCUUUCUGAUGUGGUGUGCAAAUAUAAUACAGCCAUGUAGAAUCUCAUCAUUAAAUUGUAUCUUCCAGGUUAUUUUUGUUUUACCAGUGAUUAGGAUGGGCUUUACAUCACCUCUAUAGAAAAGCUGUAACCUAUGUCCAAAUGUACCUUUGCAUGUAGCUAGCUACUGAACAAACUAUGGACUGUUUAUAUGUAUAAUUAUUGUAUAUUGAAGAUCACUGAUUCAAUUUCUGCUUUGAUAUGAUAGUGAAGUUUAAAAGGCAGUAUUUUCCCCAGACAUCCUAUCAAUUGACUUUAAGUGUAUCCUGAGCUUCCUGCUUCCUUCCCAGGUUGUUUCUAAUGAAAAAAAAAACAUAGAAAACAAAUACAAUGACCAAUGAUUAAACAUACUGUAGACAAUCAUAUUGAUGGCUGUAUAGGUACACAACUUUGGGAGAGUCUGGAUGAAAGGCUUUUAAUGUGACACAUGUUCAGUCAAGAGAAACCAUAGCACUGUGCUUAAUAUCAUCUUUAGUAACAACUCUUGUCUAGUUUUAUGACAUGUAUAGUGAAUGUACGAUGCUACUGCCAUCACAUAUCAUGAUGUACAGUACCAAGGUUGUUUUGUUGUCUUUUUUCCCUAUUGCACAUUCAUAAAUGUAUGCAUGUGGUCUGAGCUGAUUCAGAUGUAAAAUACACGAUGUAUAGAAAAAAUAUAUCCACAGAAGAGGACAUUUUGGCCAGAUUUAAAUUUUUGAAAACCAAUGUAUUGUAAAUUUGUCAAUUUUAGCUCAGCAUAGCAACUUCAACAAAGCUUGUUUAAUGUUUACAGUCAUCUCUCAAAGAUCACUAUUGUAAUAGAUAGCUAUAAUAUUGUAAUCUCAUUUGCCUCUGCAGCUUUGUCCAACCUCACCAAACUCUACCUGUAUAUUACUGUUAAUCGUUACCAGUCACUUACAUGUACCUGAGCUGUUGGUUUGGGAGUUGAAUGUCUGUUGUACAUAUGUAAUGUAAUAUACACUCCUACUCUGCAGCAUCUGUUUGAUGUAUGAUGUGACCAUGUCAGUGCUAAAGUUAGAGGAUUUGAACUGACUGACAUUAGAUCAGGAUAACAGAAUAAGAUGCCUGGUCCUAUGGAACUUGUCUCUUGCCAUUUUUGUUUGAUUUUAAAGACACCAAAUGUAGUUCCAUGCCCCAAAAGUCAUGAAUGCUUUUCUUUAAUUUGAUUAUAAUUUCCGAAAUCUGUUGUCAAAGUGAAAAUCUCACCUCACCUUACUUAGAAUUUCUUCCACAGAAAAUCUAAAUGAGUAAAUCAAAAGGAGGGACUAUCAUCAGUGCAACUAAUCUUAUAACUACAGAUGUAUCUCUGCUGUGCUUUACAGAUUUUCCCUUCCUUAAUCUAUCAAAUUUGGCUGAAACAAACACAGGGACAGAUUUUAUUUUGGAAUGACUAUUUUCAGUUUUUUGUCUGUUUUGUUGUGUUUAGUUGUCCGCAGGCUCUAUAUAAAGCAGUUCACAGCAGAAAUGUACGUGUUCCCUUCAGCCUGCAUGUAGACUGUUUAUGCAGGUAGAGACAGCAGGUGACUCCUGCACACUUUAGCUGUGGCACCUCUUGAAAGGGUGACCAAGUCACUUCCCACUGUGACUCUCUCUCUCUCUCUCUCUUGCUCUCUCGCUCAUUCUCUCACACUACUUCAUUGCUCUCUCCUUUUCUUACUCUCUCUGUUUGGCCUUGUUGGAAGUGACGUGUCGACACUCUAGUUUGCCUCCAUGUGACUGCACAGCCGUGACAAUAAAGCUGAACUCAAAGGGCUCAGA